GAGGGAACGUGGGGAGCGUCUGAGCCGGCGAGAUGGGCAGGGGAGAGCGGCUUCGACUGCACUUCCGGCGAGAGGGUCGCGCCCCUCCUACUUCCGGUGAGUCCUCCCCCCCCCCCAUUUCAGCCCCGCCUGCACUUACGGUGGUCCCUGGUGUCUUCCCUACUCCUCCCCCCUCCCCCGCCCCGCUCCCCUACUUCCGGGUCAGUUAGAGGACCUGGGUUCAAAUGAUGUUUCUGAGCCCCCUCUUUGGGGCAGGUGAACUAGGCCAUCUCCGGGAGUUGUGCCGCUAAAUCUGGGCUUGGAUUGGGAUGAAGAGCCUUGACUGAGCACCCGCUGCUUACCUGCUCCCGCUCUGGGGGGAACAUCUUGGUGGGGGCGCCUGCGGGGCUAAUGGGGAAAGCCCGAGGCCCCCCGAAACCCUGCCCCCAGCGGGGGAGGGGCCGGCCUGGCCGCCCCGCCCUUGCCGAGGGCCAGGCUUUGCCCCGGGUUUCCCUUACCUCAUUUGCCCUCCCCCAGCUCCGUUUCUCCCUUGGGAGCCCUCCCGAGAAGGGCCCCCCGGGACGGGCGGCGGGCGAGGGGGCGGCCGAACAAGAAGCCCCGGGGUCUCCUGCGGCUCCUCCCUUACCGCGCCGGGAGACUCCGCCAGGAGCCGGGCUGAGGCGGCGGGCGCGGACGGCAGCCGUGGGGAGGGAGGCCCCCGCGGGCCGGCGUCAGAGGCAGGACUCGGCCCCGGCCCCCCGGCAGCAGCGGCUCUCCCCUCCCCGCAGGGCGCUGAAGUUCCCCUCGGACCUGGAGGAGCUGCGCGCGCUCUCGGCCUUCCUGCAGUCCUACGGCGGGGAGCACCAGGCGCACGUGCUGCUGCUCUUCUGCAGCGCCUACCUCUACAAGCAGUGCUUCGCCAUCCCCGGCUCCGGCUUCCUGAACGUCCUGGCCGGAGCCCUGUUCGGGCCCUGGGUGGGCCUGGGCCUGUGCUGUGCGCUGGCCUCGGUGGGCGCCACCUGCUGUUACCUGCUCUCCAGGGCCUUCGGGAAGCAGCUGGUGGUCUCCUACUUCCCCGAGAAGGUGGCCGUGCUGCAGAGAAAGGUGGAGGACAACAGAAACAGUCUCUUCUUCUUCCUGCUUUUCCUGAGACUCUUCCCCAUGACGCCCAACUGGUUCUUGAACUUCUCGUCCCCAAUCCUGAACAUCCCCAUCGGGCAGUUCUUCUUCUCGGUCCUCAUAGGCCUGAUCCCGUACAACUUCAUCUGCGUGCAGACCGGCUCCAUCCUGUCCUCCGUCACCUCCCUGGACGACAUCUUCUCCUGGGCGACCGCGCUCAAGCUGCUGGCCAUCGCCCUGGUGGCGCUGAUCCCGGGCACCCUCAUCAAGCGCUUCAGCCGCAAGCGUCUCAGGCUGGACGAGCCCGGCGGCUCUCACCCGGGGGACGGCAAGAAGGGGACGUGACGGCCGGCCUCGUCGGGGGGCCCGGCGCUCGGGGGGCCGCCUCCGCACCUCACCUCCCCCAGGAGGGUCGAGGGGAGCUCGUGUCCCCAGCCUGGCCCU